CCAUACUCUUACACCAGUUGAUGUUCUGGACUCUUCAGCAGGAGCACAGAAAGAAUACAUCUCGCUGGAAUGCCAACUAGCAAUCAUUCAAUCAACUACAUUCUUAAUCAAAUAAGAAGAUUUGAGACAUUUUUGUAAUAGCUUGCCCUUCAUCAUAACCCAAAAAUAAAUAAUCAAACAAAUUUUAAACUGGAUCGAGAUCUUAAUCACCAGUCUUCUUACCAACAACACUAAAAAUUUCCGCAACCCUGUUUCCUGCACACGAAACUAAUAAUCAUACAUCAACACAAACAGCCAUCUCUUCUAAUAUCAUCAGUUCAUCAAACACCCCACCACCACAAUUUUACAUCCUGCAAACAAACCAAAAGCUUCAACCAAGAUUUUUGGACAUCCUCUCAUUCCACUCAGCCACCACACCAAUGUAAACAAACAAACCCCACCCACGACCCACCAUACACAACAACUCAAUAUGUAACUUUAUUCCUACUUGAAAACCCACGACCCACCAUACUGAUUCUGCUACUCAAAGUGUAAUAGAAGAAACUGUACAUGAUAAUGGAUCCAAACAUCAGGAUGGGUUCACACUUGAUAGGAAAUUCGAAUUUUGAAACAUGAGAAACCAAAGCAAAUACAACACAACAACCCAAUAUGUAACUCUAUUCCUACUUGAAAACCCACGGAGGGCAAAGGGAUCAGUGGGUCGGUCGCCGCCUUGGUGGAGGUCCGACGGGAUCAGUGAUUCGAGAUUGAAUCCAAAAGAGACCGACCAAGAUUCAAGGAUAUGAAGAGGGAGGGAGAGAGUACCAGAACGGCGGUGUGACCCGGGAUGCGGAGGCCGGCGGGGGUGCGAAUCUGGAUGUUAGGUCAGGGAAAGAGACUGGGGAUGGCGGUGGAAGAACAGAGUAAAGAGUUGGGUGAUUGCAAAUCUAGGUUGAAGGAGAAGGAGGAGAUUCUGGAACACUACAAGAGGCUUUUGGAGGAGAGCAAAGAUGCGAUGAAGGAGAAGGAGUCGGCGAUGAAUCGAUUGAAGGAGGUGAUCGAGGACAGGGAUGGAGAGAUUCGGCGAUUGAAGGUGGUAGUGGCGGCAAUGGAAUUGGGACAACCGGAGGUGACGAAGAAUUGAAAGCGAUUAGGGGAUGGAGAGAUUCGACGCCUUCCCUGUUCAGUAAGAAUUACCGGUUUGCGGUUUUGAACCGUAACCGUGUGGUUUCGGUCAAACCAAACCGCGAACCACGAACAACUAAAUGGUUAGUCCGCAAAUGAAACCGAUAGUUAACGGUGCGGUUUGCAACGACCGUGUGAGCUUCCUGGACUUUCCACACGGCCAGUUUGACUUGGCCAUGUAAUGGGAUUCCACACGACCAUGUGGCUGCUAGGUCUGGCCGUGUGGAUUCCUCAGCUCCUCGCCAGACGUCCAACUUUCGUCCAAUCGACCCGAAACUCGCUCCCAAACCUCCAAUCACGUAUUAGGACCUGAAAUAAUACAGACGAGAACAACCUAGCGUGAAAUCGGCCUAAGAACAAGAAAUAAGACUCAAACGGCAUAAGAAUGGUGGAUAAAAACAUGUGUAUAUAUCAAGUCAUCAGGGAGCCUACUAAGCCAACUCCUGCCAAGACUACUCCGCUUGUUGUAGGCAAUAAGGGCACUAUGGCUAAAUGAGCUUGCUAUAAGUCUGGGAUUGCUAUUUCUAUGCUCGUGUGUGAAAUGAUCAUCCACAAAGUGAAUUGUGGCACAAAGCUUGGAAUGCGCCUACGCUUUCCCUCGACAAAUCAAAGAUCGGUCAUACUAGAAGGGUGGAGAAUAUUCAAUGGUUCGCCCCCUCCCCCCAAGAGGUUUGAUGAAAAUCAAUGUGGAUGGACCGUUGGGAGGCAAUCCGAGAUUCGUAGUUGAAGGAGGACUGAUUCGUGAUAAAAGUAAGUGAUUUGGGCACAAAUCCAAGAUGGAGCCUCUUUUUUCUCUUCCUCUCUUGUUUUUUUUUUUUUUCCGUUCUUGGUUGCGGCCUCUAGUAAUGCAAAAAAGUAAGUGAUUUGGGCACAAAUCCCUUAUAAAUCUCUCGUAAUAAAAAUUUUGAUCCAAAUAUACGACCCAUAUAUGUGCUCAUGGGGCUUAAUAAAAAAAUGCCUAGACUCAUAAUGGCCUUAAUCAAUUACUUCUGAAAUC